AUGGCGGCAAACGGCGGCGCAAGAGUCUCCGUCCCACAAGAGAACCCGGCGGUUCCUCCUCCUCCUUCUCCUGCACGUGAAAUUCUAAUCGGCGGCUUCAGAGUCCCCAUCAAACACGAGAAUCCGGCGGUUCCUCCUCAACGUCAAAUCCCCAUAGCAGGUCAUCCUCCGCAAUCCACCGCACGAAGAGAAACCAAUCUUGCUCAAGAGAUCCAAUCUUUAACCAACUCAUUUCGCUCCGCCGACGCCUUGACUCGUCAAGAAACGGACGCGUGUUUGCUCUCGCUCUUCAACUUAAUGACCAGCAGCGAAGAAGACGAAGAAGCGGCUGCUUUCAGAGACAUGAUCUCAAGGUUAGACGGAAACGAUCUCGGCAAGAUGGCCUCGUUGCUGACGUCAUACUCCGACUCCGGCUUCUUGAAGAUCGCAAGAAACGAGAACGGUUGCAAACGCCUACAGGAGCUCCUCGGAAAAUCAGGCGACGCGGACACACAUUUCUUCGCCUACAUCGUGCGCCGUUUCUUCCACGUCAUGACCGACGAACACGCGUUCCACGUUGCGCUUCGAGGGAUGCGAGUUUUCAGCCAAGAGAAGAAAACGGCCAUGUGGCGCCACAUUCACCACCACGCCAUUGAGCUUGCUUGUUCCCGACACAGCUACAUCGCGCUCAGGGAAAUCAUAACCGGCGCGGGAGAUUCUUACCACGUAAACCACCUCCUUGACAUAAUCACGUCCAACGCUCUCAGGCUAAGCUACGAUUUUUGUGGGAACCAUGUGGUGCAACACGUGCUUAAACUGAAUGACUUGCGUCUCACGUUUAACACUGCGGUUAGCCUCCAGGGCUAUUUCGUUGACCUGUCGUUUAAGAAGAACGGGAGCUACAUCGUGGAGAAGCUUCUGGAGACGGAUGGCUCGAGCUAUAUGGUGUUAGCAGAGCUUUUGGGGUGCGGUGAAGACAUGUUGCUGAGGCUGGCGAGGAGUGGGUACGGGAAUUUCGUGGUGAGCAAGGCACUGAGAGUCACGCGCAGAGUUAGGGCUGAUCUGUUUUGGGGUUUGGUGAGUCAGCUCGUGCCUUUGCUCCCUUGCUUGCGUGGAUUUAAAGAAAGCAAGAAGAUUGCGGAAAUCGUGGAGUCUAUUUGGAUCGAUUAG